UAAGUAGGUAUGGAAAAGCAAAAUAUGAGCAGAGAAGGAAAUCAAACUCGGGUCCUGCUAUGGCUGAUGUUGAUGUUUGUGCAUACAUGGACAUCAGAGAGCAGUACUACUACUGCUAUUACUUCAGCAGCACGGUCAAAAAUUGGAUGUUUUCCUAUAUACUCUGACCAUGACAACCGUAGAGGCUCUUCCCAGACCUCAUUGUCUUCGACGUCUAAGCACCUGAAGAUGUUAGAAAUAAGUCUUGGAAGUAGCAGCAGUGCAAAGAAUGAUUCAUCAUGCAGUGUCGAUUUAAUAGAAGAUGAUCAUAAUCUGUCUGCAGCAGGUUAUAAUGUUGAGAGGAGAAUGAUAAAUGUUUCCAUUGACGCAAGCUCAGUUGGUGAUCCAAAGGUGGUGCUUCAAUGGCUGUCCAAAGCAACUCAUGAACAUCUGUACUACUUCAAUGGCAAUAAUCACAGUAGAUGCUACACCAAUGGCAGCCGUGGAUAUCACUGCGAAUGUGAGCAAGGAUAUGCUGGAAAUCCCUAUUCCCCACAAGGAUGCCUUGAUAUCGAUGAGUGCAAGGAAACAGAAACGUUUCCUUGUUAUGGUAUUUGCGAAAACACUCCAGGAAGCUACAAAUGCAGCUGCCCACCAGGUAUGCUUGGGGAUGCCAAAGUCUACUGUAAAAGACAACAGAACAUUGCUACCACCCUCAAAAUUAUUGGACUGGUGAUUCUUAUUUUGAUUGUAAUUGUGUUCAUGAUCAUUCUGCUCAAGAAGUGGAUAAAAGAGAGGAACUUCAAGAAAAAUGGGGGUGCAAUGUUGAAGAACCAGAUCAAAAUUUACAAAGAGUAUGAUCUAAUGAAAGCAACUGGGAAUUAUAAGCAUCCUCUAGGAAAAGGUGCAUUUGGUUCAGUUUUCAAAGGGGUGUUACCAAAUGGUACUCAAAUUGCUGUCAAGAAGCCUAAUGGUCUAAUCCCAAGAGGGGCAAACCAGAAACAAAUAGACCAGCAGUUUCAAAGAGAAAUCUGUGUUAUCUCACAGGUGAAUCAUAAGAAUGUUGUCAAGCUGCUGGGGUUAUGUCUGGAGAGCACGUUUCCAAUGCUCGUGUAUGAAUUUGUUUCGAAUGGAACAGUUUUCGAACACAUCCAUAACAACAGGUCAUGUUUAUUCAAGUCAUGGAAAACUUGUCUGAGGAUAGCUGAAGAAACAGCAUCUGCACUAAACUAUUUACAUUCUUUGGCAGACCCACCAAUCAUUCACAGAGAUGUCAAGUCCAUGAACAUAUUGUUGGACUGUAAACUUACAGCAAAAGUGUCCGAUUUUGGAACUUCAGUUCUUAUUCCCCCAGAUAAAUCCGGUGUUCCAACAACGGUUCAAGGAACAUUUGGUUACCUUGACCCUGAGUACUUGGUAACAAGAAUACUAACCGCAAAGAGCGAUGUAUACAGUUUUGGAAUAGUUCUUAUAGAGCUCCUAACCGGAUGGAAUCCAGAACCAAAUGGAGAUCCAGAGAGGAACGUUGUUAGGCAAUUCGUCUCUCUGGUUGAAACUGAUGCUCUAUUCCAGAACUUGAAUAUUUUGCCGGUUGAUGAAGGAGAAGAAGAGCAGAUAAAAAUAGUUGCUAAGCUUGCAAUAAAAUGUCUGAAUAGUAAUAGAUCAGAAAGGCCAAAAAUGAAGGAUGUUGUAGAGUAGCUUGACAAGCAGAUGAGAAUGCUGAAUGGGAAUUCACAGUCUGGAAGUAAUAUUAGCCAAGAGGCAACUGUAAACUCACCUGAUAUUCAACCAUCAUCAUCAGCAGCCAAGCCUGAUAUUGAACCAUCAUCAGCAGCAGGCAAUCAUCACCUUGGAAAAGGAAAUGUCACCAUUGAUAUUGGUCAGUUACAGAACAACAAUUUUAUGACUGCUCUUGGUGUUGAGCCAAGAUCAGUUUCCACCGUCUUCUGAUAGAUAUAACCGCAUGAAAGGAAGGUUUUCAAUGUCUUUUUUCUUCUUCUUCUUCUUCAAUAUAUAUAUAUAUAUAUAUAUAUAUUUUUUUUUUUUUGAAUAUUGAUUUGUGCUAAGAAUGUAUCGUUUCAAGUCCAUGAAAACCAACAGAACGAGACCAGGCAAAAAAUAAAAAUAAAAAAUAAAUAAAAAUCAAGGUCUUCCUAAUGACA